GGCUAUGAUAAGGGUUUGUCUGCACAUAGUGAUUUAGUUCUAUAUAACUUCAGCAGUCUGGGAGAGUCUCUCUCACACACCUGAAAGAAGAAGCAAAGCAAGCCAGCAUGUGGACACAGUCUACUAUGUUACACAAAUGCACGGGAAAUUUCAAAUUUCAACUUUUUUCCUCUGAAAUGGAGUUAGCUAUAUAUACGGCAGCUAUCAAAACUAAAAGCUUAUCAUUCACGUGGCCACUUUUUCUAAUAGCCACCAUUGUCCCAAAUCCCUGGAUUAGCCCUUCACUCAGUAGUUCUUCAGAAGCGGCUGUUCGUAGCAAGUCAUGGAUGGCUGUUCCAUCUCAAUUGGUGGGAUUUGUUUUUUUGGAGGAUACAUUUGCAUCAAAGAAUUGACAGCUACGGGGUUCCCUGCUGCCAUUAUUGCAGCAGCAAUAUUUGCUGUAAUUAUUGUGUCUCUCUAUACACAAAUAUUUAAGAAAGGAAAGGAAGACUAACAUCUAUGUAUACUGCUCGUACGUAGUUGAGACUGGUUUCUAAUGUAGUUAUUAAUAGCUUGUGUGUUAAAAGCCCAUCCGUAAAAGAAGCAUAAUAACAUUAUAAAGUACUCACGGUGACGAGAAAGUGGAGGAAGUUGACGUUGAGGGAGAGUUCUCCUGACGUUGGCCAGAGUAUUGCUGAGUCUC